AUGCUUCGUGUCAAAUCCAAUUCAACUACUCGCGAUCAAAAAUAUGUGGCAUUAAAAUCAGUCUCAAUCGUUUCAAAAAUUCGUUCAUUCGGUGCAGAUGUAAAUAUUACACAACUAUUUCGAAAUGAUGAAAAUGUGCCCAUCGAAGCUGUAUAUUGUUUUCCAAUCGAAGAAAAUGCCGCAGUUUAUUCAUUUGUAGCAAAAAUCGACGAUCGAGAAAUUCAUGCUCAAUUGAAAGAAAAAAUUCAAGCGCAACAAGAAUAUACACAAGCCUUGCGACAAGGCCAUGGUGCUUAUCUUAUGGAACAAGACGAAAAAUCACAAGAUAUAUUCAUGAUUAGUGUGGGAGCACUUCUUCCUGGGAAAGAAUGUCAAAUUCAAAUUAUGUAUGUGACCGAAUUGGAUCUUGCUAUUAACAACAAGAUACGUUUCGUUAUACCAACAACAAUAGCACCACGAUACAAUCCGUCAGUUGGCGGUGUUUCAUCUCCAGCGUGUACACAAGCAAAAUAUGUUCAAUCAACACCGUAUACAAUCGAAUUUCAUUGUCAAGUUGAUAAACUAAAUGAAGAAAUAAAAAGUGUUUCAUCAUCUUCACAUCCAAUUGCAGUUCAAUUUAGUAAUGACAGCUAUGAAAUAACAUUUGCACAAAAGAAUACAUUCAUGGAUCGAGAUAUAGUUAUAGACAUUGAUCUGCCGGCUAGAACAAAUACAAUUUUAGCUGUCGAAAACAAUGGUGAACAUCAAUUGGCAUUAAUGGUAUCAUUUACACCGACAAGUGAAGAUUGUAGUAAAGCGCUGAACUCAAGCAAAAAUAGCAACUAUGUUAAUAAUGAAUUUAUUUUUAUUGUCGACUGUAGUGGUUCGAUGCAAGAUGAAAACAAAAUUGGGCUUGCUCGUCAAGCCAUGGUUCUAUUUCUCAAGAGUUUACCAGUCGAUUGUCAAUUUAAUAUUAUUCGAUUUGGAUCUGACUAUAAAACGCUAUUUAAUAAUGUGACCGAAAAAUACAAUGAACAAAAUGCUAAAGUAGCUGAGCAGUUGAUUUCACACAUGUCUGCUGAUCUUGGUGGUACUGAGCUAUUGAGACCGUUACAAUGGUUACAAAAUCAGGCACCUUCUGCUGGUCAUUCCCGGCAAAUAUUACUUCUGACCGAUGGAGAAAUAUCCAACGUUAGUCAAGUAAUGGAUCUUUGUCGAUUAAUGUCAACAUCAUCAAGAAUAUUUUCAUUCGGUCUUGGCCAUUCACCAAGUCGAUCAUUGAUUAAAGGUCUCGCUCGUUCGACGAACGGUCGAUUCACAUUCAUACCUCCAGGAGCAAGUGUCGAUAUUUACGUUGCUGAACAACUUCAGAAAGCUCUUGAACCAUGCAUUACGAAUGUCAAAGCUAAAUGGAAUAUUCCAUCGUUAGAAUCGUCUAAACUUCAAACAAUUCCAACGACUGUUCCACCUGUUUAUGCCAAUGAUCGUCUUUUGCUCUAUGCAUUGGUCGAAAGUGAUCAAUUUGAUCACUCCACAACAGUUGAACUCUGGAAUCACGAAGAAACAGCUCAACUUGGACUAGCUAGAAUUAAUCGUGUACCGGAGAUCACAGAUAAGAAUAAUCAACUAAUAGCACAUCUAGCAGCAAAGGCUCUGAUUCAAGAACUAACACAUUCCAAAGAAACAACUGCAGGAUCGAAGCAAAUGAGAUUCCAUCAGAAUAUAGAAGACGAUCGGAAAAAGCGACUAAUCACUAUUUCACUGAAACAUAAUAUUCUUUGUCCACACACUGCUUUUAUUGGUAUUGAAACACGUACAAAUUCAUUAGGCAAGGAUGUUAACUCCAGUAUGGUGUUACGAGAAAUUCCUAUAGAAAUAUCAGCAGAUGAUAAAGCUAUGAUGAAUUCGUCAUUCGGAGGCCUUUCGACCCACUUUUGCUCUAUUUCUAAUUCCAAUGCACCUUGUUUCAGCCCAAAAUCUUGUGUGCAACAACAGCCAAAUGUCACGUAUAUGCCCGCUUCUUGUGGAGGUUCAGGUUUUGAACAGCCAAGAGUAAUGCCUCCUUUGAACGCAGCAUCAACAUUUUUUUCGAAUGCAUCGAUGAGUAGACAACAACCGUUUCAACUAAUUUCCUCAGCUAUACCGCCGCUACCUCCAACAGCAUCAAUUUUUGGUGCAUCUACCAAUAGACUAACACAUCCUCAAUCACUUUCCUCAACUAACGCACCACCUCCGCCACCACCUCCAAUAGCAUCAUUUUUUGAUAUAGAUACCAAUAGUCAACAAUCUCCUGACUCAUCUAUCGACAUUCUGGAACUAGAAUCAUGCUGUAAUUUUGCUUCUCCUGCAAUUCCAAUAGAUAAUGACCUCGCUGAUUACUUGUCUUUCUCUCCUACAAACAAUGUUACACCCAACUCUACGUUCUCAUCCUCAAUGGUUGAACAGAAAACAUGGCCAUCAACUGAUCAGGAUAUUGUUCGUCAUUUGAUCAAUUUACAAAAAUUUGAUGGACUCUGGAAUUUGAGUAAUGGUGAUAUUCAGAAUCUUUGUCAGAAGCCACUGACAUCAUUUGAUUCAAUUCACAGCGAUAAUUUGACUAUUCUAACAACUGUCAUUGUCAUCAUUGUGUUGGAAACUAAAUACAGCGCUUUCAAAACAAUGUGGUUAUUUUUAGUCAGCAAGGGUAGAAAACGCUUAAUUGAAUUGUUGGGUGAUGCUGAAAAAGUUGAAACACUAAUCAACGAUAUCAAACAUCAAUUAUAG